AUGCUGCGUGAAGUCAAACCACGCACCGCACGCACGGCCCGAAUCCUCAAAUCCCGGGACGCGAAACCAAUCGAAGACCGCAAAAAGACCCUCCUCCUCCACGGGCCCAAAUGCCCUCCCCCGCUCCACUCUGUCCUGAAAACCAUCCACACCCUCACACGCCCGCACUCCGUCCUCCUCACAAAGAAAAACGAGAACAUCCACCCCUUUGAGAAUGUCGAUUCGUUAGAAUUCUUGGCCGGGAAGAAUGAAUGUGGACUCGUGGUGUGGGGGAGCAGUAGCAAGAAGAGACCGAAUGGGGUGACGAUACUCAGGAUUUUUGAUGGAAGGGUGUUGGAUAUGGUGGAACUCUUACUGCUUCCUGCAGAUUCAGGAGGAGAAGGGAGGAAGUUGCCGGUGGGGGUGGAGAUGAAGCCCAUGAUCCUAUUUGCGGGGAGUGUCUGGGGGGAUACUUCAACGUCAGAGAUGGCGCAGACGUAUUCGAUGGUCAAGAGUUUGUUUCUGGACGUUUUCAGUGGGGAGGAGGUACGGAGUAUUGAUGUUGAAGGGCUGCAGUAUCUGCUUAUGAUUGCGGCUGGGGAGCCCGAGAACGGCCAGAAUCCGAUGGUCCAUCUACGCUGGUAUAAGGUCAGGACGAGGAGGAGUGGGCAGAAAUUGCCGAGGGUAGAGCUCGAUGAGGUGGGGCCGACGUUUGAUUUUAGGGUGGGCAGAACGAAGGAGGCGGAUGCGGCGGUCAUGAAGGAAGCGAUGAAGAAGGGGAGGGGGCUAGAUGAGGAUUUCAGGUCCAAGCAGAAGAAUGUGGGGAUGGAUACGGUGGGAGACAAGGUGGGUAGGGUCCAUCUCAGCCGGCAGGAUUUGGGACAGUUGCAGACGAGGAAGAUGAAGGGUCUUAAGAGAGGGGCGGCAUUGACUGGUGAGAAGGAUAUGGCAGAUGGGAUGGAAAUAGAUGAGGUUUCAGAAGAUGAGCCUGCUAAGAAACCACGGCUUGCCUGA